AUGUCAUCAUCAUUAGCUCAACUUAAAGCCGCUGGUACCGUUGUCGUUGCAGACACCGGAGAUUUCGAGUCAAUUGCCAAGUAUCAGCCACAGGACUCGACCACAAAUCCAUCAUUGAUCCUUGCCGCCACCAAGCAGCCGAAAUACGCAAAAUUGAUCGAUAUUGCCGUUGACUAUGCUAAAAAGAACGCUACGGGACCACAGGAGCAAGCUUCAGUUGCUCUUGAUAGAUUGUUGGUGGAGUUUGGUACCAAGAUUUUGAGCAUUGUUCCUGGAAGAGUGUCUACUGAGGUGGAUGCCAGACUCUCAUUCAACAAGGAGGCCACUAUAAAGAAAGCAUUGUUGAUCAUAAAGCUUUACGAAGCACAGGGCAUUGACAAAGAGAGGGUUUUGAUCAAGAUUGCUUCUACCUGGGAAGGAAUUCAGGCCGCAAAGGAAUUGGAAGCAAAGCAUCAUGUGCAUUGCAACUUAACAUUGCUAUUCUCACAGGUUCAAGCCAUUGCCUGUGCUGAAGCAGGUGUCACAUUGAUCUCUCCAUUCGUGGGAAGAAUUUUGGACUGGUAUAAGGCCAAAACUGGAAAGACUUAUGAUUCCACAACUGAUCCAGGUGUCAGUUCCGUGAAAAGUAUUUUCAACUAUUACAAGAAAUUCGGUUACAAGACCAUUGUUAUGGGUGCCUCAUUCAGAAAUGUUGGUGAGAUAGAAGCACUGGCUGGAGUGGACUACUUGACCAUUUCUCCUAAACUUUUGGAACAACUCUCUAAUUCCACAAGUGGUGUUCCAAAGCAGUUGGAUGCCGAAAAGGCUCAGGCUUUGGAUUUGAAGAAGGAAACGCUUAUCAAUGAUGAAGCUAAAUUCAGAUUCUUGCUCAACGAGGAUGCAAUGGCCACUGAAAAAUUGUCGGAAGGUAUCAGAAAGUUUUCAGCUGACUGUGUUACUUUGUACAACCAAUUGCUCGAAAAGGUUUCCGCAUGA